GCCUUAGCUCCCAGCCCGGGCGCGCCCCGCCCCUGCCCACGCCGCGGCGACCCGGGCAGCGGCGACCCGGGCCUCCCCACCCCUGGAGCUCGCGGAGGAGGACGCCCCGCCGCCUGCGGGGCCGCACUCACCGGCUCCCGCCACCCGCCCCGCCCCGCGCGGACCGCAGCGCCCAGCCACACCCCGCCGGCCACAGCCGCCCACAGCUCCUCGUCUCCCGAAGCCCGCGCUCCGGGGGCGGGGCAGGGGACGCACGACCUUUGACCCGCGCGCAUCCCUGUCGCCGCCGGAAGAGGGCGAUGCGUCCGUCACCCGGACUCCUCUGGUUGCCUUGACUACGGCGGGCGCCGAGGAGCUGCGUCAGGAGCUGUCCAGACGACCCCGCCAGCCGGAGCAUGAGGACCUGGUGUCUGUGUCAGAUUUGCACCUGCGGGCGACAUCAUUGCCCACAUGGAACCACAAAGAUUUAUGAAAAUUUUGACGUGUCUUGUCCUACAACUGAAUAUUUGGAAAAAUAUCCUAUGUAUGGCAGUGUUCUUCCACCUCAGAGUCUGAAGCGCAAGGAAGAAUUUCGAGCAUAUCGUGGUAAAAUGGAAGGAAUAACAACCUUUAAAUCAGAUUAUCGUCCUUAUGAAAUAGUCAAACAGCCUCACCGUGCACCAGAAGAAUAUAAACCAAAACAGGGAGAGAUUGACCUUGGUACUACCUACAAACGGGAUUUUAAUUCUUAUGAAGUGCAACCUGUGGCAAUAGUUCGGCCUUUGGAGAGACAACAGGUUAAAAAAGGAACGUUGGACACUGUCCCAACUUAUAAAGAUGAUUAUAGAGCUUGGGACAUUCAGAAAAGUGAACUUUAUAAACCAAAAGAAACUUACUGUCCCCCUACUGUGAAAUUUGGAAAUUCAACCACAUUUCAGGAUGCCUAUGUUCCUCAGGAGAUAAAGCCUAGGCAAAGCUUUAAACCCAGCCCUGUGGUCAAACGUUCUACAGCCCCCUUUAUUGGUGAUACAAGUCAUCGCCUUGAUUAUGUACCUCAUCAGCUAGAAUUCAAGUUUGCAAGGCCAAAAGAAGUCUACAAGCCAGCCGACCAACCCUUUGAGGAUCUCACAACUCACCGAUAUGACUUUCAGGGUCUUGUUGGUGAAACUGCAAAAAUCUGCAGACCUGCUUACACCAGAGUGGCCCAACAUGGUCAAUUUGAAGGAAGCACUGAAUUCCGUGACAGUUUUCAACCAUGGGAAAUCCCACCGCCUGAAGUCAAGAAAGUACAAGAGUACAUCCCUCCCACAGGUACCAUGCAAUUAAACAGCACAAGCCACCUCGACUAUAUUCCGUAUCAGGCCAAACAUGUUCUUCCCAUCAGGCCAGUUUCUCAUAGAAGAAAUCACAGUUUUCCUUUCCAAGGAAAAAGCACCAUGAAGGAAGACUUCCCAGCAUGGGAAAGUGGUCGUCAAGGACUUAUUAAGAAGGAGCAGCUGAUUCCCAACCCAUCUGGAAAAUUUGAUGGUUUGAGCACUUUUAGAUCUCACUAUGUGCCACACGAAUUGAUUCCAACAGAGAGCUGCAAACCUGUAAAUGUUCCCUUUAAGAGUUCUAUUCCAUUUGAUGAUGUAACCAUGUACUCUCUAGAGUAUGCACCAAAGAAACAGGAAAUCUGCCCUGCUAGCUAUCCUUCACCUCCAGGUUAUAUCUUUGAAAACACAAAUUCCCGAGGUCACAAAUUCUUCCUCAAGAUCACUCCCACAGGGACGGCCUUCUAAUCAUCAAAUCAUAUUUAAAAGGAAGCUAAUGAACAGAGUGUUGGUUUCCCAAGGGCGAAAACAAAUUUCUAUAGUAGAGAAAAUAUUUUGAGAGCUGAAACAAAUCAUUUUUUAAAAUUUCUAAACAAGAAAUUUAGAAAAUGUGUUAUAGGCAAUCAGGAUUUUAAAAUCAAUAUUAAUAUUUUAACCAAGAUUGUUCUUUAAUAGGGAUUUCUGAGAGCUGAAUAAUGUACAUUCCCAUCUGAACUAUUUUAAUCCCAACAUAUUGUCUGGUAGCUUAUUUCAGUCUAUUAUCAUUUGUAUGUGUUUAUAAUUAUGGCAAUUACAUGGUUAUUCACACGAGUUCUUGUUUAUCAAGUGCCUUAGGACUAGCUAGAACACCAUUGAAAAUGACACGUGGAUUCUUCUUUCAAGACAAUGGUAUUUUUCUCCUUAGACUUCAAGGCAUCUGCAUAGUGCACCCUGAGUCAAGUUUCGGUUGGUGGUGUUACGUUGGCUGCACUGCUCCUCUCCAUGUUCAAGUUAGUAAGAGGCAUUGUGGUGUGACAAGUAAAGGCUCUGUGGGCUGGGAACCAAAGCAUCUGAAUUCUUCAGGUUCCAAUGACACCAGUUUCUACUUGUGCCACACUACGCAAGAGACUCUUGUCUUUGAGGCUCAGUGUCAUCAUUUGUAAGAGAAUGUCUGCUCUGCCUACCUCACAGAAAUUUUCCUCUGAGCAUCAGGUCAUGUGAUCCAUUGUAAUCCAUCCAGUAAAAGUGUAACCAGAGGUCAGGGAUUGUUAAUCAGUCAAUCUUUUUCUGUACCUGUUUCUCCUUUUUCAAAUUAGGAGAAUUAACUACUCAACGCUCACUUUCUGGCCUGUAGCAAGGAUUGUAAAAUAACCGAAUCUGCUUGGAGCUUACAAGUAGUAUGAUUUCUGAGAAGAGUCUUGUCCUCUAAAGCUUCACAAGCACCCUAGAAGUUGUUACAGAGAGCAGAGAGCUUGGAUGCAGGGAUUCAUGUGGUUUGAAUGACAGUAUUUCCAAAAAGGAAAAAACAUUUGCAAGAGUAGUUUCAGGAAUGCCUGACCACUCUGAAGAACAUUUUCAGGGUAACCUCAGGUAAUUGUGCAUCUAAUUGCCACUCCCAGAAUCAGUGCAGAAGAAGAACCAGGCUCGGUAUGGGCACAAUUGUGUCCUCCUCCUCCUCCAGUGUGAAGAGAAGUGCCAAGAAGGGAAGGAGGGAAGGAAUGGUGCCAUCAAGUGAAGUAGAAAGAACAGACUGCAUUUAUAAAUGCUGAGACUUUCCAACGAAUUAAACUUUUAGUGGGUCGUUUUUCUUUGAUCAAUGAUGCAUUAUGGGAUAACAUGAUUAUUUUAUCUCAAAGUUUAGUCUUUUGUAGCUUUAGAAUUGUUUCAAAAUAUAUACUUAACUGAGAAUGAG